AUGGAGUGCAGCGGGGCGCUGUGUCUAGAACUCCAGGACACUGCCGCAACCGCUGGGCCCGUGGUCUCCUUUGAGGCCCGUUAUGGGUUGCUCUGCCACGUGAGCCAGGUUGUGGUCUUCCAGGACAGCCUGACCCCUCUCGGCAAGCAGUUGGUCAGGGAGAGAUGCGAAGAGCACUGCAUAGAGCGCAUUCACCUGCCGCAAGACCGCAUCGCACCUUUCUGGGAGCGGCAGUGCAUGGUGGUCUCCGUGCAUGAUGUUGCCUUUGAGCGGAUGGACUGGUUCCAGGGCGAGCCCGACAUGAUCAACGAGGGCUGCAUUCAGAAUCAGCACCCCCUGUGA